UCACACGCACACACUGUAGUACCGCCCCGACAAUUUCGUCGUGACGUCAUCACUUACCUGGCUGAUUUACUGCGACUGCAAAAAGAAAAGUGCACGGACCCUGGGCAACUCAUGACUUCUCGUUUUUAUAUUUCAGAAAAAAACCUCUUUGCUGGAUACAUUACCUCUCCUGAUUAAAUAUGGCCACAUCGACACUUAUCAGUUAAGAACAGCAAGUGGGAUGUGUUAGAUUUAGUUGUUGCAACAUUAUAGACAUAUGAAACACGUGUUUCUCAUUAAAAACUGCAUUAAUACCUCCAUCGCGGUCAACAUCUGAAGAUAUCGAACGGUCGUGCAUAGCUGUAUUUUGUUUUGAUUAUUUCUCAGUAAAACGUUUUUCCAGAAAUAACCUGUGUAAAUUAGGAGGCGGUCGAUUCUGCCACUCUUUACAGAUGUUCCUCAUCCUGUCUGUCUCUGUUGUUGCCGUCCACGCAGUCCUAUUCCCUCUUUAGAAAUCCUCCCCUCCCGCUCUGUUCUUCCUUCCACGUCUGUCUCGAGAGUGAGUGAAGCUCACUGCGCCAACUUUUUGCGACAUCGACUUCUUCAGCCCCAGACUACUAACAUUUAUGGGACUUAUAAUAUUUAUUUUUAACCCUGACUUGACUUAAUGUCCGCAUUUAAUAAGUUGCUAUUUUGACAUCGCAGUUCUUAGGCUACCAAAUUUCGUCAAAAAUAACUACAGUGUGUUGUGGGAUGUCUUAUUUCAUGUUUAGAUGGUCACAAAUCCACUGCCAAUUUAAAAAACAUAUUUUAAGGACGCUAUUCUAAACGCAUUAUGGUUAAGCGAUAUAAUGUAAAGAUUGCUUAUAUGCAGAAAACAUGUAGGCAGUUGAUUUUGACAAUUAUAUCACUUGAAGCUAUGAUUACGGGUUCUUGGAGAGUCUUGGACCACCACGGAAUCAAUGUGUUGUCCGCUGAAAGAACGAGCUGUUGGAAUCUCUCCUAAACGUUGAUACGUCUUGGGAGUGAUGCACUGGCUUCCCUUGGUUGCCAUGGUGAUCACCUCGGCCCUGCCCUCCCCUCGCAGUCCUGGCCCAAGGCCCAUUGCCGCAGCGACAGAGCCUGGCAGAAGCCUUGACAACCACAAAAAUUACAACAGUGAAUACCACAGUCUUUCUGAUGCAAGUAUGAGUUCGAGAACUGACAUGACAAAUAGCAAGCAGGAUCACGUGGGCGUGUCCUCUCUGCACAGCACUGACCAAAGUAGUGAAGGCCUGAAAAACUCUAAUCAUCUAGAAAAUGCUUCACAGAAGGAUUUUACUGUGACUACUGCUGCCAAUCAAACAGACAAGACAUCCCUGAGUGAUACAGGAGACUCUCAGUUGCACAAUAACCACAACCAGGUGGACUACAGUUUACCUUCUUUAAUUAAUCAAGUGGACUACAAUUACCAGGACAAAACAAAGCAGGAGAAAUACUUACUUCAAAGCAAAAGUAAAAAAGAUCCCCGGAUUGAUACUGCUACACAAAGGGACAAUACAGAUCAAGAUACUGACAAUGACAUUGUAGGGGGAAACUUGAGAAGCUUUCACACUGAAAACUACAGGUUACAGGACGGACAAAGGCAAGGGAACUACAUUUCUCCAAAUAACCGCAAAGCAGAGGAAUACAAAUCUCAGGAUAUCAAUGCUCAUGAAGACAACCACUUACCUGCCACCAUUCAAAAGGAAAAUUAUUUUCCCCAAAAAACAAAGCUCGAAGAACACUAUAAAAUGGCAGACAUUUCAAUUCAAGAGCACUACAGUCCGUAUGAAUAUGCUAUCUCCAAGGAUGGCACCAUUGCAACGGGCAAUUAUGACAAGCCAGAAAAGCUGUUGGUGGCGGACAGUACUGGUAACUGGGGGGGUGAAUUGAAUGAAGUACAAGGGGCAUCAGAGACAGAUAUGAUUGGAGGGAAGUUGCUGGGAGAGGCAGAUCUGUUGUUUUUGGACACACACCCAAGAGUACUGUUCUCACCCUCUCCCUCCCCCCCAAACCAUCCCCCUCUCUUAUUCAUGCUGGAGGGCGGGUUUACCGAGGACGAAAGGGUGGGGGAGGACGAGGAAGAGAGGAAUGAAGGAAGCGAUACGUACAUAGAGGGACCAGGAGAUGGGAAGAGACAGGUCGAAUCCAAGCGAUUUGACAGAGAGGCAGACGCCCGCUCGGAGUCUGGAGCUGAGACAGAACAGGCCUCUCACCCUAAAGCCAGGCCCAAACGUGCCCAGGCCUCCUAUGUCGGGCUGAGGGAGAUGUCGGUGUGCGACGCGCAUAACGUGUGGGUAACGGACAAGAAAACCGCCGUCGAUCUCUAUGGGCGUACCGUCACCGUGCUGUCUGAGAUUCAGACCCUGUCAGGUCCUCUCAAACAGUACUUUUUUGAGACGCGGUGCAGGACAGCCGACCCCCGCGGGUCAGGUAAGAGCAAAGCGGAGGUGGCCCCGGGGAGUCCAGGGCCCAUGGGAGUCUCUGGAGGGAGUUGCCGGGGAGUGGACAAGAAGCAGUGGGUCAGCAUGUGCAAGCCAAAGCAGUCCUACGUCAGGGCUCUGACUGCGGAUGUCGACAAGAAGAUCGGGUGGAGGUGGAUCAGGAUCGACUCGUCCUGCGUAUGCGUGCUUCUCUCCAGAGCCACCAGGAACUAGUUAGGGAAUUUGGGGACGGGGUGGGGAAAAAGGGAACGGGAUCAGAAGUUACAGGAUGCACUGCAAGGGAGUGUCUCAAGUGUUGUUUGGAAUCUGCUGCUGCUAACAUUCCCAAGGGAUGUCAUACUUCUCUCUGUCAACUCAACUGUGCUGAAGAUGGUCACUGUACUGUUAAAUAACUGUUACAUCAAAAAAAAAAAAAAACCCUACAUAAUCUAGAAAUCCAUAUGAUUAUUGUGCCUUCAUAAAGUGAGUAAAUAUGUUCUCUGGAAGUUCUCUAAGUAAAGAAACUCUACUGCUCCCUCUAUUCAUCCAGUGAACCUCGACUUUAGCCUUCUUCCCAUCCCAAACCUGACUAAAUAUCUUAAACACAGGUGGUGUUUAUGCCUGUAGGCAAUCUAUCUGUGAGAAAUGAUUUGAGUGGAUCAUUCAGAAUAGGUUUGGCACACCAUGUAGAAGUGAAGCUAUGCUGAAGCUGCCUCUGUUUAAAGCAUAAUGAAAGAGCUGAGGAGAGGGCAGGAGGCCUGGGUGUUUCCAGUGUAAACUUUGAUUCAAGCUCCAUCUGGUCAAUUUUCCGAUUUUCCGUUGAACCUUGGACCUGCCUUCUGCCUUCUGCCCUUCUGCAUUCAUUCUCCCCCUCCACCUUCAUGUCAUAUGACCAACAUCCAUCUCAUCUGGCCUCAUCUGCCAUGGCUAUGUAACAUGGGAAAAUCUCAAAUCAAAGGGAAAUAUGUUGAUGUACGUUUUUUAUUCUUCUGAUGACUUUUUUAUAUUUUAUGGAUGAUGUAAAUUAUUUGUAUUGUUUAGUUUACAUGUAAUCCACUACAAAUAUGUUUGAUAUUAAUAUAUUUCUUGAUGUAUGUACUACAUGCGUGCACUGUAUGUAUGUGUGUGUGUUUGUAUGUACGUGUGUAUGUAUGUAUAUUACACAUACAGAUUAUGUAUAAUCUGUGUAUAUAGCUAUAUAUUAUAUAUGUAUUUAUAUUAGGUAGUGAUUUGUUGAUAGGUGGAAUGAAAAAUCAGCAGUAUUUGGAUAUUUGACUUGAGGAUUACCCCUUAUACUACUGAAUUCAUCCUUUUUAUAUUGCGAAAUAAUGUACAGUACCACAGGGCACUGAACAAUCAAUGCAUUCCUUCAACGAGUUUAGUUCUUUCAGGAAAUUUGUUCUCCUAGCAUAUUUGUGUUUGUGUAAUGAAAUUAGAAUACUUUCAUAUUCAUCUUUUCAUGCUAAAAUAUUUCAUGACCAGCAUGUCAUUAACCACAGACAAGGCUAACAAUAUAAAUGAUGUUUCCCAACGUAAGUAAUAAAAGUAAUUAAUUUAUGAACUGUGGUCUGUGUUUACCACUAGAAGUUAUGUGCAAGAAUGGCAAUAUAGAAAAUGACAGCAAAAUCAAUCUCACUAUUGAAAGAGUGCAAUUUCUGCAGGGCUGUUGCCUCUUUCCAUGUCCAUGCAGAACCAUAGCAGGGAUUGAAUCUUCAAAGUUGAGGAGAUAUGACUCGAUAUACGUAUGCCUGAAAUAUCGAAUGCAGAGAUACUAACAGAAUUUUUAUCACGUGUCUCCUGGCUGAAUGGCAACUUCUAUGCAAACAAAAUGCAAACACGAGCACAAUUCCAGGGCUGUGCCUUUAGUGGGUCCACAUGCCUUUUGAGAUGUAGUUACGAUACAGUCCACACUUCGGUGGAACUACACAGUGAGUGAGUGUCGUAUAAUGGCUGAACAUCCAAACAAGGCAUGUAGUCUUUCCUAGUUCACAUUUUCACACAGGCACAUCUAGUCUAGACUUGAGCAUAAAUGCAUGCCGUCAAAACACAUAAAAAUGUAAAUGCAGCAAUGCUCACUUUAAACCAAUAAGUAAUCACUUUAAAAUGAAUCGGCCAACUUCAUAACACUAGCUAAGACAGAAAUUAAUAAUAUUUUAUACACAUGGAUUUGACAAUAGAUAUACUGUAUCUAUAAAGUGCCGCUUCAUACUGUUUAAGUAUAAUCAUUUAUGUAAUGAUUAUUGUGAAAUGAAAAGCAUUAUUAUUGAUGUGAACAAUAUUGUUAAUUUACUAGACAGAUUGUUGAUACUCCUAUUUUUAUGUCGAAGAAGUUUGAUAGGUAUAAUAAUAACAAUAGUAAUCAUCAUUACGGUAAUCAAAAUACUAAUUUUGAGUUGCACUAACAUUAUACUUUUAAAACCAUUGUAACAAUGUACUGAUCUUAUUCAUGUUGUACAUGCAGUAAUAUUUAUUGUACAUUCAUUUAUAUGGGUGUUCAUUAUUCAAAUCCAGUAAAUCAAACGCUACCUUAUUCAGACUAGCGAGCCCGUCAUAAUGCACAACGAAGACCAACUUGCACAUUUAUAUAAGGACAUCUACACACAAAUGGACUCACCAACCCACAUGCCAACACAUAAUCAGAAACUUCAAGAAACCCUUUGUUUCAACCCCUACACCUCUCAAUGGAAUCUUAUACAAUAAACACUCAGAGACCAUACUGUUACAGUGGUUUUGCAUCAUUUUUUUUUAUUUUUACCACUUUUGGUUUUAUCAUCAUUACUGUAAUUGUCAUGUUUGUCUUGUAAUUUUCCAUUGUUAUGACUGUUCUCUUUAUUAAUAUUUUUCAUUUAAAUCAUAACACAAUUUGUUUUCAAAAUUUACACAUACAAGUAGCAUAUUUUUACUGUCCAUUUUUAAAAUGUAUUUACUUUUCAAACUAAAUAAAUUAAAUUGAAUUACAGUCAGUCAGAAUCAAGUAAUAAAUGAACAAGUACAUACAGAUAUUCAAUACAUACAUACAUACAUACAUACAGAAAUAGUAGUUAUCAUAAAAAUAAAAAAUAAAUAAAAUACACACGUUUUGCAAACUCUUCCCCCACCUCAUGUAUAUCUUUUAAAUUCAUUAUAAUUGUCUUUCUCUAAAUUUGAGUUCAUUGUCACUGUUGUUUUGUCAUGCAUUUGAACACAGAAGAUAAUCUUGUCUUGUUUUGUUCACCAGUGCCCCCUAGCUGCAUAUUAUUCUGUGCUCUCUCUCUCUCUCUCUCUCU